AAUAUGUAUCCAGGUCUCUAUAUUAUGCAAAUUAGCGCUAGUUUCGACUGUGGAGUUUCCCGCCUUUCUUCAACUUUUGUACGCAUGCGCAGAAAAUUCAAUCUCAGCAGUCAGCUUAAUUCAAACAGAAGAGAGAGUUGCGCGGGCCCCGUCAAAUUCCUUCCAAAACUUAAAUUAAAUUUUUAUCCUCUAUUCCUGUAAUGGCUUUGUUCAUAAUAUUUUAUCUAUCGUAACAAUUUAAACAAUUAAAAAGCUGCCGAGGGCAAAUUCAGUGGAAAAUUACGGCGAAUUUCAGCAGAAAGGUUACAGAUUUGACAUAGAAUGCAACUUACACAAUGCUGCGUAAUAAAGUAUUGUUGAGAAAAAAUUUGUCAACAAAAUGUAAAGGAAUUGACGAUAAAGAUCAAGCAAGCUUUUACAUACACAAUUUGACGCAGAUUGGCAGCAGAAAUCGAGCAUAAUCCGCGUUUAACCGUCUUUGCUUACGUCAGCUAGCUCUGCCGUCAGCAAAAUGCGAACUCUUCAAUACAAAUGCAGCGGCCAAUUUAUUAAAAAUUUUCGAUCGAAUCUGCUGCCGAUUUGCCGAAGUAUUACGAACAGUUUGCUUACUACUGGUAAUAUUUACUUUCUCGUUUCUCGCUCAUUCUGAAAGACCGCACCUGCCCGAUCGCCGUAGUCCGCCCGCGAAACUUUGGCACUACGUGCCCCGCGCAUAUAUCUACGUUACUACUACGUUUCGUCGCGUCUGCGCAGUGAGAAGCAGCGAGAGGCGGCCAUGUGUUUGGGAAGUCUGCGCCGUCGCUAAAAAUGCCGCUUUUGAGGAUCGAUGUAAACAAAGUGACUAAUAGGAUUAAUUGUACUCUAAACUGAUAACUGAUUUUUAUCAACUAAAUCUCGUAUCGUGUGCCAUGAGAAGUCACAGCUCGCCGAGGGGAGAGAGCGAGGGAACGUUCAUAAGUUGUAUCGAAUUAUUGUGUGAUCUCGUUAAGGUUAACGCUAGAUGAGCUUCCAGUGCCGCAUAUAAGAAAAAAACAAACAAUAGGACAAACAGGACACUUUCUUGCAUUCUUGAGUUCUCCGCGAAGAUGAAUUUCGCGAUAGAAAGAUUGCAUGAGAAGGAUAAUAAGCGUAUUAUCUUCGAACACGAUCGAUCAUAUACUUGUGGUAGAGGAAAAGAAAAUGAUAUUUUGUGUCUCAGUCUUCUAGUAUCUCGUAGGCAUUGUAUCUUUUUCUGUGAUGCAAAUGCAAAUUUAUAUGUCACAGACUUACGGAGUUCAAAUGGUAUUUUUGUCAAUGGUGAGGCAAAAAGUUCCUAUCAGAUGAUUAAACUAUAUGAGAAUGAUAUCAUUGGAAUUGGCUGCCCAAAUAUUGAUCCAAAUAAUGAGACACUGUACAAUUACAAAAUUUGCCUCAUUAAGUCACCCAUUGAAGAUGAAGAACCUAUUUUAUCAAAAACAAUUUUAAAUAAUAAUACAUUGCAAAGAACGUCUGUCUCUCCUGAAAAUCGUGUUUUGGGAAACAAAUGUGCAUCUACCUCGGAUCAUGACUCGAUAUUACCAAAUAAAAAGGCAAAAGUUUCAUGUAGUAAUGAGCAUGGCUCUAAUAUUAAUCUUUCAAAGAGAAAUUCUGAUUUAUCUUGUAAUAAUCAGAGUUCAUGCAAAAGCGUUAACACUAGUAAUAAUGUUGAUAAUUUAGUAAAAGUUAAAUGUGAUACCUCAGAUAUGAGUGAAGAUGAUAUUGAAAUAAUUCACACAUCGCUAGCGAAAGAAGUAAAGAAAGAAAAUACUUGUAAUCUUCAAUCUGCAGAAUGUUCAAACAAGAAUAAGAGAUCAGAUUUUGAGGAGAAAACAUUUGACGUUUGCUCUACUAAUGAUAGUAAUGAUGAUAAUACUAGUGACAGAGAUCAAAGUAAAAAUAAUAUAAGAAAAAAAUCGGAUAGCAUUGAUAAACAAAACGAUGCAUUAAAUUUUACAGAGAGCUCAAAUUUUGUACAUACGAAAGAUGGUCAAAUUAUUAAAUAUGAAGAUGAAUUGCAAAUAACAGAUGACGACGAAGAAGCACACAUGGCUGCUGUUGAAUGUGAAAAAACUCAUGAUGAAACACCGAUUAAAUUAAAGAGGAUAAAACAUGAACCGAAAACGCGAUUCUCGGUCAUUGAUGUUGUCGAUUUGAGUGACGAUGAGGAAGGAGUAUUCCCAUAUUCUCAGUUAUUCGAUAUUAAAUAUGACGAUAAUACGGAAAUUAAGACUGAGAUUGAACAAGAGUGUGUCAACGAUGAUGAUCAAAAUAUAGAGAAAAUGGGCCUGUUGAAUAUGGAUGAUGAAGUCAUCAUUUUAACGGAUAGUGAAGAUGAGAGUAAUCCAUGGUUGGAACGAUUAUCUAGAAGUCAGUUACUUAACGAGAACAUACAAUCCACUUUGUGCGAUACAAUUGUAAAGAAUGAGAUCGAUUUGGAAAUCUGGAAUGAAGUAUCGAAUAUAGCACAGCCUGGGGUAUCGCAUAUUUCUCAAGUUUCUGACGAUAAAACAACAUUUUCUGAAUCGUGUAUAUUAAUCGAUACUACAAGUAUCGAUGAUGAAAUUAAAAACGAAAAAGAUGAUCGUGGUAAUGAUUUAUCGAUGACAAAAACGGUCUCGAUGGAUAUAGAUGAGAUAGAUCUUUCUAAAGAAUAUACUUUGAAAGAUAUUGACAAAAGCAAAUGGAAAGCAGGUUCAAGGCAAGAUAUAACUCAAGCGGUCUCGGUGAAUGAGCGAUUAAUAGACGAGGUCGCGCCUUUUAAAAAGUCUACUUCGAGAGAUAUUGAUAACAAAAGCAAACAAAAAACAGGGACAAGGCAGGAUAUAGCUCAAACGGUCCCGAUGGAUGUAGACAAAGUCGUUCCUUCUAAAAAGUUUACUUCGAAAGAUAUUGACAAAAGCAAACAGAAAACAGAUGCAAAACAAGGUAUAGCUCAAGCAAUCCCAAUGGAUGUAGACAAAGUCGUUUCUUCUAAAAAAUCUACUUCGAGAGAUAUUGAUGACAAAGGCAAACGGAAAAUAGAUAUAAGGCAGGAUAUAGUUCAAGCGGUUCCGAUGGAUGUAGACGAGGUCAGUUCUUCUAAAAAAUCUGCUUCAAAAGAUAUUGACAAAAGCAAACUGAGAACAGAUGCAAAACGAGGUAUAGUUCAAGCGGUCCCGAUGGAUGUGGACAAAGUCAGUUCUUCUAAAAAAUCUACUUCGAAAGAUAUUGACAAAAGCAAACGGAGAACAGAUGCAAAACAAAUUAUAGCUCAAGCGGUCCCAAUGGAUGUAGACAAAAUCGUUCCUUCUAAAAAGUCUACUUCGAGGGAUAUCGAUGACAAAAGCAAACGGAAAAUAGAUGCGAGGCAGGGUAUAAUUCAAGCGGUCUCAAUGGAUUUAGACGAGGUCGAACAUCCUAAAGAAUUUAUUUCGGAAGAUAUUGAUGACAAAAGCAAACGGAAAACAGAAGCAAGACAGUAUAUAAUUCAAACCGCGUCGAUGAAUGUAGACGAAAUCAUUCCUUCUAAAAAGUCCAUUUCGAGAGAUAUUGAUGAUAAAAACAAACGGAAAACAGAAGCAAGACAGGAUAUAGCUCAAAAAUUAAAUGAGCAAACACCAUCUUUAGAAAGUGUGAAAGAAAAAAUUACAAAGAAAUCAACAGCCAAGAGAUUGAUUCCAGUAAUAGAAGCACCGAAUUUACCUGUAAGAAGAAGAAGCCGAAUUGAUCAUUACAAAGACAAAGCAACAGAAGUACGUGAUACUUCACGAUCGAGAUUAACGGAACAAGAAAACAAGAUGUCGAAUUUAAAAGAUAAACUUAAUGAUGCCUUUUACGGUAAGGAACAGAAGCGUCACAAAAAGAGAUCUAAAUCGUAUGACCGUCACUCAUUGAGUGAAACAAAGUUUGGAUCAUCAAUUUCUAAGGAUGAGAAAAAGAUUAUAAUCGAAAAGAGGAAGGAGAAAUUGAAGGAGAUUGCUGCAGAAAAGAAGAUGCUGUCCGCCGCGGACAGUUCGAAUGUUAAACAGGAUCGCAGGAUUGCUAAACCAAGAGCUAAAAUGUCUUUAAAAAAUCGUGGCGAUUUUCUUGUUCCUGAGGAAGAACCAGAAACAUCUAAAUCGCUUCCAGAUAAAUCUGCAGAAGUGCCAAAAUCAAAUUCAAAUCAGUCCAAUAAGCAAUCAACGGAUAAUGCUGAUGUGACAAAAUCCACAACUUCCAAAAGGAAUACACAUAAAUCGCAUGAGAAAACGCACAUUUCUAAAGAUACGGUGAGCAAUAUUGUCACAUCACUACAACAAUCUUUACAUUUGAAUAAUACGGAUACUAUACAAGCACCUACAAAGAAUACACUGGAUUUGAAAGCAAGCGAUGACAAUAAAAAGAAAUAUAGUAGUAGUAGUAGUAGUAGUAAGAGUAGUAUGCAAAAAAGAAUCGAAAAUAGUGAUCCCAUUGCAAAAUCAUCAUCGUCAGACUUGCACUCCAUCGAACGGACACCUUCCCAUUGCGAAACAUCGCACGAGAAUUUUCUUAUUGUACAAAAAGAAAAUCGUUCGCCGGGCAGUUUGAAAUCGAUACUCGAGAAACGAGAAAAAUCGAGGGCGGAAUCAAAAAAGAAAAAGAAAGUGUCCUUUUCAGAUAAGAUAGACGUACGGGAGUACGAAAUCGAUCAGAAUAAUAAUUUCAAGAAAUUAACGUGGAAAGAUGCGCCCAUACCCACAAACAAAUUAGCAAAGGCACCCGCGGUGGCUCCGCACGGAGCGGAGUCGACUCCGAAAUUGGAAGAAUUUCUACUGCGCAUUUUUAAGUGGAAGCCCGUAUGGCUCGAGGAGCAGCGCUAUUUGAAGAACGUUGAUCCACCGAUAGUAGACGAGAACGAGCUUCAGCCCAUGAAACUGUCCUACGAUUCCUAUAAACAGUAUUACGAGGUCGCCAUGCCUCUUCUACUACUUGAAAUAUGGUACACCAUGACCAAGGAUUUAGAUACAGUCCAAAAGAAGUCCCGGCGUUGCACUAUGAUGUGUUCUGUGGUGCAGAAUUCUAUUACACGUACUCCGAUACCGUCGACUGAACUAUUCCUGACGACCCUGAUGCUCGAGGUGCUAAUCACGGAAGAGCAGUACAAGCAGGAGAUACAUCCCAUUUUCGGGGAUCUGGUGUAUCUCGAAUAUGUAAUACAAGAAAACGGUAAAUUUAAAUGUCACAGGAUCUUUGCGUACGUCACGAAUUCACACACCAUGAUCAUUACGAAUUUUACUCAUUACAAUAGGGAUUUAAGGAACUACGUCAAAAAUCCAUACGCUGUGAUAACUUAUACUUUGUUAACGCGUCCUCUUGAGCAUGACAUUCUUGUAAAUAGAAUACAUAGAGUUCGCGCGGUCACGUAUCUACGUGCAAGUAUUAGAAUGGUUCAGGCAUUGCAGUAUCUUCCACAGUCGCCUUUGUUGGAACUAAUUGUAAGUCCGAAGAUUCAGAGCUAUCAAUUGCAAUCGUCGAAUGAACAGUACACGUCUUCCUCGCUGGUCACGAAAGAGAAUUUAAAUCUGAAACAAUUAGAGGCCGUGUUUAAGGUGACCAACACUGUAUUAAACAAAGAGGCUAAAUUGUGCUUUAUUCAAGGCCCGCCGGGAACGGGCAAGUCCAAAGUUAUUGUAAAUUUGGUAACUCAAAUACUAUAUGGCGAGCAAAGGGACAACAACAAAUCUUUGAAAAUUUUGGUUUGCGCACCGUCCAACGCUGCCAUCGAUGAAAUUGUAUUGAGACUUCUGAAUGUCAGGUCCAUCCUGAAACAAAAAAAUCGCUUUAACAUGGUACGCAUUGGCCGAUCGGAGUCCAUGCAUCCAACGGCGAAGAACAUUUCCGUGUCGGAGCUGGCGAAACGUCAUUUGGAGAUUUGUCAGAAGGGAAAAAGAAGCUUUUUAAAUGGCGGCACGUUUAUCGCCGAAGAUCCGGCGGUUUUACGCUCGCAUAUCAAUUCGUAUCAAAACGAACUCAAGAAUAUCCAGGAAGAGAACGAGGAGAAGAAGAAGGAGCUUACGAAUAAAUUAUUCGACACGUCAAUAGAGUACGAGUUGUUCAAAUACGGUAAACCGAUAAGUCAGCUGAAUUCGAAGGAGCGCAGCAAAUCUCAGCGUCUCUCGGAAAACAGAAUUCUUAUGGGUGCUGAUAUAAUUGCCUGUACCCUGUCAUCUUGUUACACUCAGCAAAUGGAGUCGAUAUUUGGCGGUCACAAGGACGGAAUAUCGGUGUGCAUCGUUGACGAAGCGACGCAGAGCUGCGAGGCAGAAACUCUGAUACCAUUGAUGCUGGGGGUAAAUACGUUGGUCCUGGUGGGAGACCCAAAUCAACUGCCCGCGACCAUCCUGAGUCAGCGGGCGAAAAAGUUGGGAUUGGAUCAAUCGAUAUUCUCGAGAAUGCAAAACAUCUUCGGAUCUAAAUCGAAUAGUCCAAUCAUAAUGUUGGAUACGCAAUACCGAAUGGAAUACGCUAUCUCGUACUGGCCUAAUAAUUAUUUUUAUCAGGGAAAAUUAAAAAAUGCCACCGACUAUCAUGCAACAUUUCCAUUUCAUUCCUAUAGAGUGUUACAUCAUACCUUUAAGCAAAACGACGACAAAUUUACCAACACCACCGAAGCAGAAUUUGUAGCUAAUAUGAUUUUUGCCAUGUUUAUGUUUGUUAAGUGGGAAGAAACAGAUAGCGCUAUUUCUCUCGGAGUUCUGACGCCGUAUAACAAUCAAAAGACUCUUGUACAGAAGAAAAUAAACGACAAAGUAUCCUCAGUACCGGAUAGCAUAAAGAAGAGAAUUAAUAUUGAAGUUAAUACGGUCGACGGUUUUCAAGGUCAAGAACGAGAUAUUAUAAUAAUGUCCUGCGUUAGAAGCAGUGGUAUUGGAUUUAUGUCGGACAAGCAGAGACUCUGUGUGGCUCUUACAAGAGCUAAACACAGUUUAAUAUUAUGUGGAAAUUUUAAUACUUUUAUGAAGGAUCCUAUGUGGAAAGCAUUGUUAGCCGAUGCACGCGGUCGUGGCAUUUUUUGCAAUGUCGAUGCCAAUGCAUCACCUGCCAUCAUUAGAAAAUUUGUUGUUAGAAGAAAAAAUUAUUCAUAAAAGCUUUAGACUUAACAUCAUGAACAAUUUCACUAUCCAUGUACGUUUUGUAUAUUUUGUAAAUAUCUAGGCUAAGUUUGACCAUUUAAAUACAUUAUUUUCAAUGAAAAAUGUAUAAUAAUUCGAAAAACUGUUAUAUUUAUAUUCUUUUAUACAGACAGUACUUUAGUAAUUACUAAUAAUUGCAUUAAAAUUAAGUAUUAAUCAUUGUUUGAAUCUUACAUUGUAUAAACAAAGAUUAAUAAUUAUUAUAUUACUUUUUA